AUGGCGAAUAGCUUCGCUCCGGUCGCCUCGGCACCUACCGAUGCUCAGUCGAAUCCGUCUACCGAACCUUUCCAUAACUCCACUACAUUCCCUCAGAGACAAUCAGCAGAGGCAGGCUCAAGGGUUGAAUCGGAUACUACGUUGUAUGAUGGCACAAACUCUGCAAAUGAGACGGAAAGAAGGACUUUAGACGCGAAGGCCGCAGAGAAAGGAUCUGGCGAUAGGCCGACCCUGGCUGCUCGCAAGUUCGAUACAGAAAUUGCUCGGCCGGUUGUACAGAGAUUGCCUGCUCCGGCGAGACGGCACCAGUCUACGAUAGAUACUUCUAUUUAUGGAAGAGGGGCUACGCUACGAAGCGAUUCUGAAGGAUGGUCCUCCGAUGAGGAAUAUCACCCAAAGUUGCGGAAGUCGUGGACGCAGCCGGACCACUUAUUGUCCAAAGCCCACCUCAAUGGUGUCCGCACCAAUCCCAGGCGUUUGCAUCUUAGAGUUGGGAACGAAUUCUUUCAGUCACGUUGUGGUUUGGCCAAAGAUGGCAGGCUAAAUAUCUCUGUCAGCGAGAAGGCCAACACUGGAUAUUUGGCCAAGGCUCUCGGUGCAACCUUCGAGCGCCACCUCAGCUCGCUCCAAGGCCAGGAGGAGGCGGUGGUGGCGGCAUCGUUGGAAGAAAAGGCGAAAGCUGACUUUCGCGAAGCCAAACCACAUCUGCAAAUCCCCCGAAUGAACAUAGUCAUUAUGGUGAUUGGAAGCCGGGGUGACAUACAGCCGUUCCUGAAGAUUGGGAAAAUCUUGAAGGAUAAAUACCACCAUCGCGUCAGGAUCGCCACCCACCCUACAUUCAAGAAGUUCGUUGAAGAGGAGACCGGUCUCGAGUUCUUCUCCGUUGGCGGCGACCCUUCCGAACUGAUGGCUUUCAUGGUGAAAAAUCCUGGGCUGAUACCUUCUCUGGAGACUCUGAAGUCUGGGGAGCUAGGCAGAAGACGCGAGUCGAUGUUUCAGAUGUUUCAGGGGUUCUGGAGGGCCUGCAUAAAUGCCACAGACGACGAGACGGAUCGUGCCAACUUGGAGAUGAUGGGAUCUAAACCUCCAUUUGUGGCGGAUGCCAUCAUUGCGAAUCCGCCCUCGUUCGCACACUAUCACUGCGCUGAAAGGCUGAGUAUCCCUCUACACUUGGUCUUCACCUUCCCAUACUCUCCCACCCAAGCCUUUCCGCAUCCUCUAGCCAAUAUCAAAGCGACCAAUGUCGAUCAAAGUUACACCAACUUCAUGAGCUAUCCGUUGAUCGACCUCAUGACCUGGCAAGGUUUGGGCGACCUCAUCAAUCGCUUCCGCGUUCACACACUGGGAUUGGAGCCGGUCUCAACACUGUGGGCUCCCGGACAGCUUUCGCGUCUCAAAGUUCCGAUAACGUACCUCUGGUCACCGGGCCUGGUCCCCAAACCCCGUGACUGGGGUCCAGAGAUUGAUAUUGCGGGCUACGUGUUUCUCGACCUUGCAUCCUCAUACAAACCUCCCCAAGAUCUCGCCCAAUUCUUGGAGAGAACAGAUGAACGGCCAAUUGUGUAUGUUGGCUUCGGAUCUAUUUCCGGGAUAGAUGAUCCGGUGGCAUUCACAAAGAUGAUUUACGAAGGCAUCGAGAAAGCUGGCGUUCGGGCAGUAAUCAGCCGCGGCUGGGGUCGCAUGGGCGAUGGCAUAGAGAAACCAGAUGGCGUUUUCAUGGUUGACAAUGUCCCUCAUGACUGGCUGUUCCCCAAGGUGGACGCUGUCGUACAUCAUGGCGGUGCAGGCACUACUGCAGCUGGGCUCAGAUUCGGCAAGCCCACCAUGAUUGUCCCUUUCUUUGGUGACCAACCGUUUUGGAGUGCCAUGGUUGCUAAGGCUGGAGCUGGGGCCAAACAGGCCCUUCCAUGGAAGAAACUCAGUAGCGACAGUUUUGCCGAAGGCAUUCGUCAAUGUCUUGCGCCAGAGGCCAGAGCCAAAGCAGAAGAGAUUGCUAAAAGCAUCGAGAAAGAAGGAGAUGGAGCGGAGAAUGCAGUGGACUCUUUCCAUCGCGCCUUGGAUCUCGACGGGGAGCAUUCGGUGCGCUGCCGAUUGUUUGUUGACAGAGUCGCGGUCUGGAAGGUUCAGCGUCAUGCUAUUCAACUGUCGGCUCUCGCAGCUGACUUGUUGGUGGAGAAUAAAGAGCUGCACUGGUCGGACUUAGAAUUGAACAGGAUCCGCGAAUGGACCGAUUUCCAAGGCCCUGGAGAGCCCAUCACUGGAGCUGGUGGAGUACUGGUCCAGGCAUUUCAAGAGGCCUUCUACGGGUUAGCCACAAUGCACGAAAGCACCAAAAAGGACAUCAAGCACUAUGAAAAACACAGACGAAGGCAUAAAACGAAAUCGACCAAGGACGCGCUAGUCUUGCCCGGGAGAAUUGCAUAUGCCAUUCGAGGCACCAGUACAGACAUGCAAAAGAAAGAGCGGGCUCGGCUGGAGAAUGAACUCAAUUUGCAGGGAGAGGCCGAACCAGUCAGGCUGCCCUUUGCUCCCUCAGACCCCGACAACGAGCCUUCUGCAGGCGGCGGGGGGUUAAAUCGGAUCAUGACCGACAUGUCAGAUGAACCUUCUGCGAGGGUGAUCUUGAAGGACGUUGGGCGAGGCGUUGGACACUCCACCCGCGUGAUCGUGUCCCUGCCCAUGCAGAUAUGGAAUGCCUUAGCUCUAGGGUUCCACAAUGCGCCUCGUCUUUAUGGAGACAAGACUGUGCGACCGUCGCCCGCAAGAAUCACGGGGUUCCGAGCAGGAGUCAAAGCUGCGGGGACGGAGUUCUUCCUGGGGUUCUACGACGGGGUGACGGGAAUGGUCCGGAUCCCCUAUCUCGAAGUGCAUGAAGAAGGCAUGGUGGGGUUUCCCAUAGGCGUGGCGAAAGGGUUCGGUGGAUUAGUGCUAAAACCCAUCUCUGGCAUUCUUGGAUUAGGGGCGUAUACGUUCAAGGGAGCCCACUAUAGCCUGCGGCGACGGUUGCGAGAUACGGAGAAGACUGACCGAUGGAUUCGACGCGCUCGGAUCGCCCAAGGACAACGCGAGGUGGAAGAAUUCAAAGUACCGGCAAACAACACGAGGGCGCCGCGUCCAUAUGUGCGACCCACGCCAGAGUACGAUGAGGUUCGCAAUCAGGCACUUCGUCUGUGGACAAAGUAUGAAAAGGAACUCAUCUUGUCGGAGUCGAGGCAAAAGGAAGCCCGGACCUUGCUGCUGAGAAAGGCACGACGUGAGAGUCAUAGUCCCAGAACCCAAGGAGACAUACACGGAGACACAGCUACAUAG